AUGGAUUUCAUUGACGUUGCUAUUAUCGGAGGAGGUCCAGCUGGACUCACUGCCGCCGGUGCUCUUGCUCACCAACUCCAUACUGCCGUGGUCUUUGACACUCGAACUUACCAUCCCAAGGACUUUCGAGCCGCAACUAAAGAUAGCAUUUUGGCGCGCUACUCUACUAUUCAAUCUCUUGAUAUUGGCGUUACGAGCAUCGAGAAGAAAACAGACUCUCACUUCAUCCUCAUCGACGCAAAUAGAAAAGAAUGGAAUUUUCGAAAAGUUAUUCUGGCUGUUGGUAUGACUGAUACUUUCCCCGAAAUCGAGGGCUACGCUGAGCUCUGGACAAAAAGAAUUUUCCAUUGUCUUUUCUGCUUCGGCUACGAAGACCGCGGCGCAAAAUCUACAGGCGUUCUCGUUAUUCCUCCCCUCAAUCCCAUGAUCGGUAUUCACAUGAUCAUAGCCGCCAAUGUCGCCCAGCUCAGCGAAGAGGUCACUCUAUACACACAUGGCGAUGAAGAAAUAGCCGCAAAGCUUAGUCCACUCGUCAAAACCCCAUUCAAGAUUGACACACGCAAGAUCCAACGACUCGAUGAUAACGGCGGUUCCUCGGUCAAAAUACAUUUCUCAGAUGGUUCGGAGAAAGAAGAAGCAUUCUUGGUCCAUAACCCAAAGACUACAGUUCAAGGCCCGUUUGUUGAACAGCUGGGUCUGGGUCUUAGUCCUACGGGAGAUAUCCUGGCGCCGCCGCCCUUUCAUCAAACUAGUGUGAGGGGUGUAUUUGCGGCGGGAGAUUGUAUCACGCCGUAUAAAGCCACCCCAGCUGCGAUUGCUAGUGGAUGCAAUUCAGCUGUGGCGUUGACGGCGCAGUUGCAGGCUGAGAAGCAUGGGUUUCCUCCAUUGUUCUAG